AUGUCUGACUUGCAACAUACCAAAAAAACUUUCACCCUCAACACGGGCGACAAGAUCCCAGCUGUCGGUCUGGGAACUUGGCAAUCCAAGCCCAAUGAGGUCCGCGAAGCAGUAAAAGCCGCUUUGCUCGCUGGCUACCGUCACAUCGACACCGCUCUCGCUUAUUCCAACGAAAAGGAAGUCGGAGACGGAAUCAAAGACUCGGGUGUCCCUCGCGAACAGAUUUGGAUCACCACCAAGCUUGACAACACAUGGCACCACCGUGUUCAGGACGGCAUCAACUCGUCUCUGGCCUCGCUGGGUGUUGACUAUGUCGACCUCUACCUCGUGCACUGGCCCUCAUCGACAGACCCGAACGACAAGAAGAAACACUUGCCGGAUUGGGAUUUUAUCAAGACAUGGGAAGAGGUUCAGAAGCUGCCUGCCACUGGCAAGGUGCGCAACAUUGGAGUGUCCAACUUCGGCAUCAAGAACCUGGAAAUCCUCCUGAACGCUCCUACCACCAAGAUCGUUCCUGCUGUCAACCAGAUUGAGUUGCAUCCCAACAACCCAUCGCCCAAGCUGGUUGCGUACAACACAUCCAAGGGUAUUCACAGCACUGGAUACUCCUGCCUGGGCUCAACAAACUCCCCUCUGUACAAGGACCCAACGCUCCUGCAGAUUGCCGAGAAGAAGGGCAAGACUCCCCAACAGGUCUUGCUCGUCUGGGGUCUGCAGAAGGGAUGGAGUGUCAUUCCAAAGUCAGUCAGCAAGGAGCGUAUUGAGAAGAACUACCAGCUCGACGGCUGGGACCUUACGCCCGAGGAACUCGAGCAAUUGAGCAACCUGAAGGACCGCUUCAAGGUGUGCGGUGACGACUGGUUGCCGGUCAAGGUGUUCUUUGGCGACGAUGAUUUUGCGAGAUUCAUCGACGUAGUCAUGCCGCCGUCAAGCGGGCACUUGCUGCUCCCCAAACUCUGGAGAGCCGCGAGGUUCGCCUACGAGAAGACGGCCAGGGCUAUAAAAGCCAAGUUUCCAGACCCUUCUCAACAACUUCCUGCACGCCUUCAACCAGCAUAUGCACACAUCUCUUCUCGCCAGCCUAUCAAUCGAGCCGCGGCAAUCCGACAGGCCCGAAGCCGCCAGUUCUCUACACGAGCAGGCGGCUACAUCGGAUCGUUCGUGCGACAAGCCCCUCGCCUUUCGAAGGAUACCUCUCGUAUUGGCCAAAUCGUCGGCCGCCUUACCACUCGCUCGCCGUUCACUUCGACGCUCCGCCCUAACUUGACUGGCGGCACUCUCGGCCGUACCGCGGGUGGCUAUACCGUUGGAGCAGGACGACUUGGUGGCGCAAGAUACUUUUCUCACGGGCCAGCUGCUCCUGCGCAGGUCAUCAGUAAUGUCUCCGUCGCCAUGCGUGGCUUCUGGCUGUCAGGCCAGAAAGCUCGAUUCGACGGAAUCGACCCCCAUACCGGCGAGAAGCGCUUCAAAACCGUGACUGUUCUUCAAGACAAGGCACAGCGCCGAAUGUCAGAGGCUCCACGUAACUCCCUGGGCUCCUAUAUUGAUUUCCAGCUGUCUCCCACAAUCACUGCGUUAGGCAAUGGCAAGACUGAGGGUAUAAACUCCGACGGCCUCAUGGAAAUGCUGUCCGUCGAUUUCGCACGUGCCCUUAAGGAUUUUGCCGCUGUUCUGAACGACCUCAAACGCCUUGGAACGCUAGGUGAUCUCGCCGUGUCGCUGGAAAACAAAUCUACUCUUCGUGUACGCUUUCCCGGCUGCGAUGCUGAACAAGUAGAGCGGCUGUGCGACGAAGUCGGUGUUGAGCGAGGGCGCAUCUUCCAGGAUGAAGACUUUGAAGAUCAGAAUGGUACAGAGCUCGCUCUGCUGUUCCCAUUUGCCCCUAGCGUGGCUCCUUCGCCAGAAUAUGAGCUCUUUACGAUCCACGAGAACCCUAAACAUCCUACUCAAGAUGAUUUGGAUUGGCGACUCAUGAUGUCAGGUCAAGGCUCGCCAAAGGACUCCAACAACACGAAUCAUAUCAGUUUUGAAGACAUUGGGAUUUUUGAGAGCAAUCCGUGGAUUUCGUCCUCAUCGGGAUAUUCUAGCGUUGGGAUUAGCGAGCUUGGAGAUCGCGCAUACUUUGCCGAAGUCUCUGAACCCAGUAUUGGGAACCGCAAUUCUUCGGAUUAUGAAGGAGUCCAGGGAAUCUACAAGUUCUUGGAACAGUGCGACAACGCUGCAAACUACUCUCGUUUUUGA